AUGCGUUUCGGGAUCGUAGCUCCUUUCGAAGGUAAAAGAAUGGCGUCGUCUACAGCUGUAGCUGCCGGCGUCAUGGCAACUGCAGCUGUAACGACGAUCGUCAGCUUAAUCAUUGUUGGAUAUCUUCUCAGCGAUAUCAAUAGCUUCUAUGCAGAUACUCUAACUCAACUGGAUCAAGUAAAGGAAAUAGCCAACACAGCUUGGCAAGAGAUGCGACCGGAGCCUCACGACAUAUUCCGAACCAAAAGAGAAUCGAGAGCACGGGAACGACGUCAAGUGUGUCACUGUGGUCCCACACCGCUGCGAUGUCCUGCAGGACCACCAGGACCUUUGGGAGAGACAGGACUACCUGGAGAGCCUGGAUUGCCUGGUGUUCCCGGCGUUCGAGGCCAUGAUGGCAUUGUUAUCAUAAGUUAUGCUGAACCAUCUGGGUGCGUCCAGUGUCCGAUGGGACCUCCAGGACCACCUGGUAAAAGAAUGGCGUCGUCUACAGCUGUAGCUGCCGGCGUCAUGGCAACUGCAGCUGUAACGACGAUCGUCAGCUUAAUCAUUGUUGGAUAUCUUCUCAGCGAUAUCAAUAGCUUCUAUGCAGAUACUCUAACUCAACUGGAUCAAGUGAAGGAAAUAGCCAACACAGCUUGGCAAGAGAUGCGACCGGAGCCUCACGACAUAUUCCGAACCAAAAGAGAAUCGAGAGCACGGGAACGACGUCAAGUGUGUCACUGUGGUCCCACACCGCUGCGAUGUCCUGCAGGACCACCAGGACCUUUGGGAGAGACAGGACUACCUGGAGAGCCUGGAUUGCCUGGUGUUCCCGGCGUUCGAGGCCAUGAUGGCAUUGUUAUCAUAAGUUAUGCUGAACCAUCUGGGUGCGUCCAGUGUCCGAUGGGACCUCCAGGACCACCUGGUCCAGAUGGUCCCAGCGGUCUGCCUGGUAUUGACGGCGAACCUGGGGUAAGAGGUCCCGAUGGCGGUCAUGGACCUCCAGGACCUCCAGGUUUGGCUGGAGAUAUAGGACCGCCUGGCGAGCCAGGACCUGUCGGAGCUUCCGGAUCUCCGGGAUUCCCUGCGCAACGUGGAUACGGAGUGCGAGGACCAACUGGACCGAUGGGGCCGCCUGGGGUAGCUGGCAUUGCGGGACCAGAUGGAUCUGAUGGAGCUGGCGGAAUGCCGGGAGCGAUGGGUCCACCUGGACCACCAGGAACUCCAGGAUCAAAAGGACCCGGAGGACGGCCAGGGGUGCUUGGGCCUGAAGGACCUCCAGGAAUUGAUGGUCAUUAUUGUCCAUGUCCAAAACGUGCUCUUUCGCCCAGUUACGUCCCAAAUCUUUCCGCUACACUUCACAAAGGAGCGGCAAAACGCAAGUGA